AUGUUGCUUUUACUGUAUGUGGACGACAUUAUUCUGACUGGGAAUCAACCUGAACUUCUCUCUUCGUUUGUCACCACUCUUAACAAAGAUUUUGAGCUCAGUGAUCUUGGUGGUCUUUCCUACUUUUUGGGUUUAGAAGCUAAACCUACUUCUACCGGUCUUCGACUCUCUCAGACCAAGUACACCAUGGAUCUCCUUCAUCGCCACUCCAUGACUGCGUGCCAACCUUGUACUACACCGGUUUGUGCUACUUCUCAGCUGUCUCACCUGCAAGGUGAUUUGCUGCCUGAUGGCACUGAGUAUCGGCAAAUUGUGGGCGCUCUUCAAUACUUGACAUUCACUAGCCCUGAUAUUGCCUAUGCUGUUCACCAUGUUGCUCAAUUUAUGAGUGCUCCUCGCACCUCUCAUCUCAUUGCCGCUAAACGUAUACUUCGCUAUCUGAAAGGGACUCCAGACUUUGGUUUGUCUUUUCGUCGCUCCUCGAGUCCUCUCACUCUUUGUGCUUAUUCGGAUGCGGAUUGGGAUGGAUGUCCUGACACUCGACGUUCCACCACAGGUAUAUGUGUGUUUUUAGGACCUAAUCUUAUAUCUUGGUGUGCUAAGAAGCAACAGGCUGUUUCUCGCUCCUCUGCUGAAGCUGAGUAUCGUUCUCUUGCUCAUGCUUGUGCUGAUACUAUCUGGAUUUCAUAUCUCCUCACUGAACUUCAGUUUUCACCUCCUCGACCCAUCAUCCUUUUGUGUGACAACCUCAGUACCACUUACAUGGCCUCUAAUCCAGUCUUUCAUGCCCGUACCAAGCAUAUUGAACUCGAUUAUCACUACAUCCGCCAAUACCUUCUUUUUGGUGCUCAUCGCGUUCAAUUCACUCCAUCUCCAGAUCAGAUUGCCGAUAUCUUCACUAAAGGUCUUUCCCGCCAGCGGUUUGAUCUUCUACGGUCAAAUCUUGUCUCUCCUGGAUCGUCAGAUUUGCGGGGGAGUGCUAAAUCACCUAAUUAA